UUAAGUAUUAAUAAUGGUUUAGCAGGCAACGUACACCAUGACAGAAGCUUUCCAAAUUCGAAUGAACUGCAUUAUUAUAUUCAAGUGACCGUGAUUUUGGUUGAUUCAAAUUUCCCAUUUUUCGCUUCUCUUUCAGUGUUUGAUAGGCACACGCUUCUUCAGGUAUGAAUCAUUUCCUUGAUAUUCCAGUGUAUUUUCCUUCUCCAGUUCUAGUUCUGUGUCCUCACCAAUUGGUUAGAUGAGUUUGCUGUAUCCUAGGGAGUUGUCGCAUCUCGAGCGAAUGAAUAAACUCUUGAGAAGUGUCAUGUGACAUGCCCCAUGCAAUUGUGUUUCAUAUUGUAUUUUUGAUUUCAUAUCAAUGUAAUUUUUAUUGAGUUCCCAGUGCAAUAUUUACAACAUAAAUAUCCCAUGAAGCUAGAAGCUUAUCUUGUGACUUGUCUGGUUGAUAGUUAUAUCUGUUUCCCUUUUUUCUGGUAGGCGCGACGAGCAUAUGGUUGGUUUAAAGUCAUCACCUGAUUCACAUAAGCUCCAAAGACAUAAUGUGGGUGACAUGAAAGAUAUGAUCAGCAACUUACCUGAUGGUAUUCUUCAUUACAUUCUUUCUUUACUCCCUACCAAAGAGGCUAUACGAACUUCCAUUUUAGCGAAAAGGUGGAAGUACUUGUGGACUGACUUAUCUAUCUUUGAUUUUGAAAAUGAUAUACCAAUGGCCAGCAUGAAAGAAGACCAAAAACAGAAAUCUAUACAUUGCCUUUUGGAUCAAGUGCAUGGACUACUUUGUCAUUCUAAUUGUGUUAAAAGGCUCAGUGUCAUGUUUUUUGGGGUUGCCGUUGAUGCAGAUAGAGUUAAUUCUAUUAUAUAUGGUGUAGCGAAGCAUAAAAUCGAAAAGCUUAAGCUUUCUGUACUUGUAAAGCCUCCAUUUGUUUUACCUAAUUGUUUCUCAGCUUCUAAAUCAUUGAAUAAGCUGCAUUUAGAUCUGGGAUGUGUUGUAGAUUUCCCUAGUGGCAUUCAUUUCCCUAGCCUGAAGACAUUAAAGCUUUCGCGUGUUACCUUUGCAAAUGAGAAGUCAGUUGAACAACUUUUCUCUGGGUGCCCUGUCCUGGAAAAGUUAACCUUGUUUAUUUGUAAUUGGUCUAACAUCAAGCAGAUCAGCAUAACAACUCCAACAUUAAAGAUAUUAUCCAUCUUUUCGGGCCUGGGAGUUGAUAAGCUCUAUUCUACUGUCAAGAUUGAUGCUGUGAACCUCUUAUAUUUCAGUUUCACAGGCUAUCUAGUUGUGGAUUUUUCCCUUGUUAACCUGGCCUCCUUAGUUGAUGCACGUAUUGAGUGUCUCUAUCCAUUAUUGCAAAAAAUUAUUGGUCCCCGUGCAAUUAGACUAAUGAGUCAACUUGGUAGCAUCAAAUCUCUUAGACUAUCAAAUGAUACACUUCAGUGUCUUUCCUAUGAAAAAUAUACUCUCCAUCUCCUUCCUUUGUUCAACAAUUUGACUCGUCUCCAUGUGGAUUCGGGAACUUGGGAGUUCACUAAUGAAGCGCUAAUGGACAUUCUCCAAAAGACACCUAAAUUGGAAGUUCUUCAUAUUCCAAUGGGAUUUGACCCACAGAUCUGCAUGGAUGGUGAAGACUGGAUAUUGAACUCAGUUCCUUGUUGUUUCAAAUAUAGUCUCAAAUCAUUUUCUAUUUCAUAUUUUGAUGGGGGUGAAGCUGAAAUCCAGUUGCUGAAGUUUUUGUUAGAAAAUGCUACAGUUUUAGAGGAGAUCCGGAUAUUCUGUUCGAAAACUUUAUCUUCUAAUUUGAAGAAGCAGGCUGAGAUCAGCAACCAGUUGCAACCUGUAGUCCUGGAAAAUUGUGUCAUUAAGUUUCAGUAGAACUUCUUUCUUGUGUUUUGUUGUACUGUUGUUGCUGCUACUACUACUACUGAAUAUUGGAUAAAAUUGACUAGUGUUAACAUUUUCAGAUUGCAUUGACUAGAUUCUAUUGAUCAAUAGUUAUGUUUCUUCAUAAUCUGCUUCAGAUUAUUUUUUUCCCGAUGCAUAUUAGGAAGUGGUCCCAAAAUAUCCCCUUCAGUGCCAGAAGAUCAUAUUUUAGUGAGUAUGAUUCGUAAAAGUUGUGAUUGAGAGACAGACUUGAAGAAACACAGUUUAGAGAAGAAUACAAAUGAUGUGUUCUCUGAAAGAUAAUAUAUGUGGUUUUCUAGAGAAGUUGCACCCUAAAUGUUCAAUAAAAUGUGUGAUAAAAGGGGUGUCUUCCGGUGGAUGCAUUCUUGUCGAAGCAACAAAUCUACUUUUGUUGGUAAUUACCAAGUUAAUCUUUAAUUGAAUUCUGUGUAUUGUUUACUUGAGAGCUUUGAGAUGAAAUGGUUUUCAUUCAUCACCCUCCAACAUGAACUGAAUGUGACCUUUAAUACUGAGUGCUGCAUUAGGAAAAUCAAGAUGGAAUGUUUCGAGCGGCUGCAUUCUGCCAUAGAGGCUUCAACAAGUCAAAUGUGUUUGGUCAUGGUAGCUUUGAACUUGUGCA